CAGCAGGAACAGCGGCUACCGGCAGAUGCACGACGGCCACGAGUUGUCCGAAUUCGACGACACAAACAGCAACACGAUUGCGGCCGACGGCUCCGACGCCGGGAGGGGCAACUCCCGCGGGCUCGGCAUCUCCAUGACCCGCAACUCCGGCCGCGUCCCGGCCGGUGGGAGCCCGCCGGAAACUCCGCAUUCCAACCAGGGCCUUCUCGACAAUACCUCCUCCGUCGCCUCGCCUGCUAUCGGGCUGUCUCCCAAUCCGUCUUCGGGAUACCCUCCUCCGACAUAUUUGAGUCCGGACGUCUCCCGCCCGCCUGCCAUGUCUGCAUCCAUGAGCGGCCCGGACAGCAUCUGGACUCCCGCUAUGCCUUCCUCCAGCCGCCACUCUCACAAUGAUCCCGAUACUGAAUCCAUGGACGCCAAGAUACCAGUGCCUGAGCCCGGUUCUCGCGGAUUGCUCUCAUCCGGACACGGUCCCGUGGGAGUGCCUGAAGGCUUCGAACCUAGAGGUGAGGUGCCGGACGAUGACUUUGACGACGACACCUUCUAUAGGAAGUUCCAGGAGCCGCCGAGCAACUGUUGGUCCAAUCAAGAUAUCCACCAGAAGCGAACUAGUUGGCUCUCUGUUACAAUUUACGUCCUGUCCGUUUAUUCUACCGUCGCGAGCGGCAUCUGGCUCGUCACUGCAAUCCUCCAACCCAGAUGGGGCCGACAGAUCUCCUCCAAACACGGCCUGUUACCCUCCACGGCCACCACCUUGUCCGCGCUUUUUGCAAAGACCAUUGAAAUGUCUUUUGUAACGGUAUUUGUCUCCUUCAUCGGCCAAGUUCUCACCCGGAGAGCCUUCAUCCGCAAGGCCCAGGGCAUGUCCCUCGCCGAGAUGACGAUGCGCAAUUGGGUCAUCCAGCCGGGAUCUCUCAUCACCCACUUCGAGACGCUGCCCUCCUCCGCCAUGACUAUUCUCGGCAUGUUAUGCCUGACUGCCACCUUUGCUUCUGCUUUCUACACCACUGCUUCCGAUGCCAUGGUCUCGCCCAAACUCAAAUCCGGCAAGUGGGAGAACAAGGAAAUGACUGGCUUCGUCCGCGCCUCGUACGCCAACACACAAUACGUCGCGUCCGACUGUGCCUAUCUUCUUAAUUUAAAAGACGAUCCCUCGGCUAGUGAGUCUUGUGAGAAUAUUCAGUUCUCGGGCCAUUCAUACCGGAAUCUACUUAAUUUCAUGACUACAUGGACAAACAUCAACAAAAACGGCACCAUUAUACAAAACGACUUGGACAAGCGACCCCGUAGUACCAUGCUACUGUACGAUAAUACCACAAUGUACUCCCAGUGGAUCGAAACUGAGCACAGCAAUGUGACGGCACAGUACGCAGAGACGGGCAGGAUCAUCAACAACGUCACUCUCGCCAUGCCCCAUCCCGGCGUAUACGCUGCUUCCACGUCCAAUAUCAACGGCAUUCUCCAGCCCGACGAUCUUUCUGGAGUUGGCGAGUACGCCGUCCGAGCCGGCGUCGUUUCCCCAGCCAUCAACGUCCUCUGCGCUAACAUGGACGCGGACGAGCUGGCUCCUCUGGUCUACACCGAGUGGCCCAACGCGCAGAAUGACAAGACCGGCGUCAGCGAUCAAAUCAAGGGGUGGAGCGGUUGGGAGGGCGAGGUUCCGCAGCCAGUUGACAAGAAGAACAAGGAAAACUACCUCAACCGAACUGACGUCGACGACAUAUUCCAAUGGGGGCCAAAGUACAAGCGAAGACCCCCGGUCUUUCAGCUCUACCCCUACGACUUCAACCUGCUGGCCAAUGCCACCGUGACGGGAUCAGACGCCAUCUACAUGCUGGGCAAGACGGCCGACUUUAACAACUACACCCUCUGCCAACUGCGCUCCUGGACAUCUCCCAACUGCUCCACCCAGUUCAAUAUUUCUGGAACUGCUGGUGCGAGUCUGACGGCUCAUUGCGAGGACCCGAACGAUAGGGAUAGUUACCUGCGAUCCUUUGACGCCGACCAGGGAUGGUCUGCGCCCUCGCUGGACUGGAGGUGGCUCGCUGACCAGUGGCGAUUGUCCAUGGAUCUCAACGGCGGCUCCAUCAACAACAAUGCAUCAAACGCACGCGUCCUUACACAGCUCGCCCUCCAAGAGCCCAAGCUCCCCACAUCUCUACCAUCUAUGGCCGAGGCCUUCGCCGUCUACGCCAGCUCCCUCGUCGUCAUUGCCUCCAUCGACACGCCCUUCCGCCACUAUUGGGACUACGACGACCCCAACAACGUCGUCACGAGCGGGUCUGGUCACCGACAGGCCUUCAACGCGUCCCUCAUCACCCAGCAGUACACGUCCGGCCACAUCGACACCUGGCAGAACCUAUUCUACGUCAUCCUCGUCCUCGUCUUCGCCAUCAACUUGCUCUGCCUGGGAUGGUUCAUCGUGCGCUCCGGCUUGGUGACAGACUUCACCGAGCCACAGAACAUUUUUGCCCUGGCCAUCAAUAGCCCGCCCAGCGCGCAGUUUAACGGCAGCUGCGGCGGCGGUCCGGAGAAGAAGCAUCUCGAAGUGCCUUGGCGUGUUGCAUAUGCACACAGCGCGAAUCACUUCUUCUUCGAGGAGGCGAAUAGCGGGUUACCGAGUGGGAAAUUCGCGACUGAGACUGUGUGUACGGGCCGCGAGCUUCCGCAGGCGAGGCAUGGCAGCUACAAAAGGUUGAGCAACAGUCGGGGAUGGUUGUAACGAGGACCUUCUUGAGAGGUAAAUGAAAUUCAAUAAUUGUUUUGGAUAUCGCAUAUAGCAAGGAGUUUUGUUGUCAUUGGUGGUCUAGCGCUUUGUGGGCAAUUUCAUCGGGAUGAUGGAGGUGACGGGAGUAAAUGGCAUCCAAGUAUAUACACAAAGCCACUUACACAAUUGCAUGAAUAUGUUAAGCGCAUAUCCUAAGCCUGAACUAAAUACUUGGCCCAUUAUAAAAC